AUGCAUGGAAUGCCUCUUUAUAUGUCACCUAUUGUAGGCACAGGAUGUCUAGAUUUGGGGAGUCAAGGAGAUUUGAUCUCUUUUAAUGUCUCGCUUCCAUUUAAUCAUACUCUGUGGAUUCAGGGAGGCGGUUCUUACAAUGUAAACAUACAUUUUACUGGACCACCUCUAUCUUCCAACAAUAUUGUUAUACGAGGUUUUGAUACAUCACAUGUAACAAAAUUCUUUGCGGAUUCCUAUCCUACUACAACUGAUCCGAAUUUAUUUAGCUAUUCCUAUAACAACCUUACAGGUAUAUUGGAUUAUAUGACACCAGGCGGUACAUUCACUUUCAACAUUGGGACAGGCUUCAACGAUACCAGCUUUGAGUUAACUACUCCUGGAACCAUGGUUAUACAGCCGCUGGCUGUGGCACAAGAGCGACCAUCUAAUUGCCCCACAGACCCUUGGGGAGUCAGCGGGUCCUUAAAUAAUUGUCGAGGUCCACCACCACUUAACAAUCCUGACAUUUUUACUGGAUCUUACUAUCAAGAUAAUAUUACCGAGAUCAUUUCAUACUAUACGACUCUUGCUUCUGACAGGUUGCCUACUACCAUAAGAACAGUCAGUUAUUAUAUUCCGUCGAUUACUGUACCGUCUGCAUAUUUACUUACGGUAACCAUUCCCUUCAAAACUCUUACUAAAUUAAUUUCGUACUAUACGACGCCUAGAACAUUUAUGGGUAUAACAGAUCUUCCUUACAUAGCAACGACAAUUAUUACAUUAAGUGGACUGCCCUCGCCAUAUACUACGACGUUGACGACAGAUAGCAUGACCGUUUCAGGGAUAGUUUCAUUUUAUUCCGGUGGAUCCAGCACCAAGACAUUAACACUUGCCUCCACAUCAUUCUAUACUCAAUAUACAAACAUCACGACAACUGUGACGGAGUAUCCCAGGGGUACUAUUUUCCCAACAAGUUGGAUUUCAAAAGAGAUUAGUGGAACGGCCACUAUCACGUACUCUACAUCCAUGGAAACGUAUGUCGUGAAGACGCAGGCCUGA